AUGGCCAGCUCCAUGGACUACACCGCAAUCUGCGAGAGCUGCCCCCCGGGUGACGGCUGGGGACCUGAGGUGACGACCGAGACGACCCUCAACGGCAUUCCCUAUGCGCCCUUCUCCAAGGGUGAUAAGCUGGGCCGCAUGGCCGACUGGACGGCCGAGGGCAAGGACCGCGAGCGUGGCGGGCGCAUGCAGUACAACCGAAACUACAGAGAUCAGCAAGUGUACGGAGCGAGCCACGCCAUCACCUUCAACGCGCCCCCUGCCGAGGACGAGUCGAGCUUCUCCCUCGUCAGCAACACCAGAGACUCCACCAAGACGAGAUACGGCCGCGGAGCCGUCUUCACCCGCGGUGGCCGCGGUCAGCGUGGCGGCCGAGGCGACAGGGCCGGUGCCCGAGGAGGACAGGCCCAGCGCGGCGGAGGUCGGGGAGGGCAGACGUACGACCGUGGAGGUCGCCCUACGGGUGGCCCUCGCGGCGGCCGUCGCUUCGGCUGGAAGGAUUAUGACAAGCCGGCGCGCAACCGCGACGCCAGCAUCAACAUCAAGGCCGACUGGCAUCUGCUCGAGGAGAUUGAUUUCAACCGCCUGGCGAAGCUGAACCUCGACGCCGACGAGGGCGAGGACCUCGAGGACUACGGCUUCCUCUACUACUACAACCGGUCGUACGACAAGCAGCCCGUCAAGGGCUCCGAGAAGAAGCUCACGGCCAUCGACCGCGCCGCCUACAACGUCACCACCUCGUCGGAUCCCGUCAUCCUCGAGCUUGCCGAACGGGGCGAGGCCACCAUCUUCGCCACCGACAGCAUCCUCUCCAUGCUCAUGUGCUCCCCCCGCUCCGUCUACCCUUGGGAUAUUGUCAUUGUGCGCCAGGGCAACAAGAUAUUCCUCGACAAGAGAGACAACGCCGCGCUCGACAUGGUGACGGUGAACGAGAACGCCGCCGACGCGCCCCUCGACGCCGCCGACGGCGGCAAGGAUGUCGUCAACCAGCCGACGGCCCUGGCCGAGGAGGCGACGUACAUCAAUCACAACUUUGCCAACCAGGUGGUCAACGAGAGCGAGUCGUCCAAGAUCGACAUGUCCCGCGCCAACCCCUUCUACAACUCGUCCGAGGAUGCCGACCCGCCGGCCAGCAAGGCUUACAAGUACAGAAAGUUUGAUCUGUCGACCAACGACGAGGAGCCUGUCUACCUGGUCGUCCGUACCGAGAUCGAUGCCGUGCAGAAGAACGCGAUCAGCGGCGAGGAUCAGUUUGUGACCAUCAAGGCCCUCAACGAAUUCGACAGCAAGGCCCAGGGCAGCGGCGGCGCCCUCGACUGGAGAAGCAAGCUUGUCACGCAGCGCGGUGCUGUCGUGGCGACCGAGAUGAAGAACAACAGCUGCAAGCUCGCCAGGUGGACGGUGCAGAGCAUCCUAUCCAAAUCCGACGUCAUGAAGCUCGGCUUCGUCUCCCGCGUCAACCCGCGCUCCAACGACAAGCAUGUCAUCCUUGGCGUCGUCGGCUGGAAGCCCCGGGACUUUGCCAACCAGAUGAACCUGUCGCUGUCCAAUGGCUGGGGCAUCGUCCGCACCAUCGCCGACAUGUGCCUCAAGAGCGACGGCGAGCAGAGCAAAUUCGUCCUCGUCAAGGAUCCCAACAAGUCCAUCCUGCGUCUGUACGAGGUUCCCUUCGGCAGCCUUGAUGAGGACGACGAGGACGAGCCCGAAGCUGAGCUGGCGGCCGAGGGCGCCGAGGAGUAG